GCAAGAUAGACGAAGGCUUGCGCCUUCGGUCUCACCCGACCGUGAUGAGCUUGCUUCCUUUGUCCACAAGACAAAACCGAGGUCUGCCCCUACGCUGCUCUCAGGCCCGGAGAUUAGGUACCCGGACCCGACUAGUGAGCCGUGCGCUGUCCGAGGCCGACAAGGCUUCGGAAUCUCUUGAAAAGGCCAAAGGGCGUGCCAAGGAUCUUGUGGAAGACAACCGGCCGCCGAUCCUGCGCUUCCGCACAUUCCCCAUGAAGCCAUUCUCCGUUUCGGACUUGAUAGCUGGAUCAUGGUGCGAACUGCAGUACUACUACACCUUGACCCAACUCCCUGGCGGGAGAAAGACGCGAACGGCAGCCAUGAAGCGGGGCUCAGAAGUCCACGAGAAGCUUGAGCGGGAAGUUUACACGCCAGUCCAAAUAGACGUCACCAAGAAGGAAGACGCCUUUGGGCUCAAAAUCUGGAAUACAAUCCAAGGAUUGCGGGUUCUGCGCGACACGGGACUUACUCGUGAACUUGAAGUAUGGGGCAUGGUGGACGGGAACGUCGUCAAUGGCGUCAUUGACGGCCUGAGCUACGAGAACCCGGACCCCGAAUUGGAGGAGGAGGUCCUUAGCAGUCGCGGCAGCAGCCAGACCGUAACGAACUCGCAAAUGACAGACCCUGGUACUCCCUACAACAAGGGCCGGGACUAUGAGAUAUACAUCACCGACGUCAAGACGCGGACAACGGCCGCCCCGCCCUCCCAGGCACAGGUACGGGUGGCUAUCAUCCAGCUGUUCCUUUACCACCGCUUCCUCACACAGAUGGCCACCGACCAACUGGACUACCUACGCGUAUUUGAGCGCUACGGGCUUAACCCCGACGAACCCUUCUCCGACUCCUUCAUGGCCCAGAUCGGGGCCAUACACGGAGAGAUUUUCGCCGACAUCGAUGCUGAAACAUCCUCUGCCUCUUCUUUCAGUGGCGCCUCCUCAGAGUUAAGCAAUGGACUCGAAAACGGGGGGUUUGUCUCUGCGCCCUCCAGUCCAUCGCAACUAAGUAGCUUCGACCUGACCGAAGACGGCGAAUCUUCAUCCCCAUCCCGCUCUCGAAAGCUCAAAUACCGCACCCUCCGCGCCCUCCUCCCGCUCCUAAAAUUCGAAAUCCACCUCACCUUCCCCAGGGGAGCCGCUGAUCUCGGCCAAAUAGUAGCGGUCGAGUACCGGUACCGCAGCCGGGAGGAUCGCACCACCACCACCACCUCUGCCGAGUCAGAGACCUCACCAGAAGAGGCAGAUGCCAGCAGCAGCGGCAAAAGACCGCGGCGCUCGGCCCCGGGAAAUGGGCCUGGGCCUGUCCAACCCGAAGACGGCUCCGUCAUCUGCACAAAUACCUUCUUUGUCGAGCCACACACACUCGAUCUGUACCUGGAGGAGACGAUGCGAUGGUGGAAGGGUGAGCGCGAGCCCCACGGCGUACCGCUCGAGGAGGCCUUCAAGUGCCGCUCCUGCGAGUUUGUCGAGGGGUGUGAAUGGCGGCGGAAGCUGGAUAUGGAGGCUAUCAGGAAGGCCAAGGUCAAGAAGAUGAUGAGGGCUGACAAGGGGAAGAUGGUUGAACUGGAUGGGGAUGUGGUGGAAGAGGGGGGAAAAAGUGGGAGUGGGAGUGGAAAGGGGAGGGGUGGCAAGAGGAAGAGCGCUAUGGCUGCUUGGUGAAGAGCAGUGGUUUAGAUUUGAUAUGACUUGUUUUCUUGGUUUAUCGUUUCUUGUUUUGAUGCUAGGUCGGGAGCGAUCGGGUAUGGGACAGGUUGAAACCUCGGCUGGGGUGAAGGGUACAAGCACUUGUUAUACCCCUCAUAAAAGGUCCUAAGACGGCGCAUUAGGAUUUAACAAGUAUCGUUGACUCUUACUUCUAAGCCGGAACUAGGUCUCGUAUCUGCGCCUGUCAACGGAAUCGCAUACCUGAUGUGCACGCCGACCCUGAUCUCAAUGCAGGGCCAUUCACCGAUAGGGAAAGCAAACGGCCCCUC